CAAAUCAAGCAGCGCUCCCCAAAGCCCAAGAUGAAAUCCUUAAAUGUCUCCCCCCCCAAACAAAACGAUAUUUAAUAACUUAUCAUAGGUGAGUAAAGAAAAAAAUUAGGAAAUUCCCAAGCAUUGUAUUGCAUUUUUAAAAUGUGUUAUUUCCAUAAAAAUGACUCAAACUGAUAAGUCAAUCAUGAAAAUAGUUCAGGAUUAUUUUAGCGGUUGAUAAUUGUGUUAUUGUUGUAGCUUAAAGGUGCACUAUGUAGAUUUGGUGGUAAAUUUGAAAGUUGGAGAAGUGCAACAAUUCUAUGAUAUAUUUUCUGAACUAAAUAAACAAACUUUUUUCAAAGGAAAAAAUGGUUCCCUGGAGCACUGUUUGGAGCUAAAAAGCUACCAGGAGAGUUACGGUUUCUCUGUAACGGUGUUCCUGGGACCAAAUGUUCCUCUGAGGACAGUUUGUGUACAGAGUUAUGAACAUAUACCACAGAAUCUGUACACUUCUCCAACUUUCACAUUUCUCUACCAAAACUCCACGGUGCACCUUUAAGUCUGCUCAAAGGAAAUGUGUUUACACAUUCUGACAUCUUUUAGAUCCCAUUAUCUAAAACUGAUUCUGCUGCUACAAAAAGACAAAAACGAUGAAACACAAACGCACUCAACAUGUGUGUGUGUUUGUGUUUCUUCUCACUCCUGUGUCCUCCUGAAAUAUGCAUGACAUUUAACUAGAAAUCCCUGUGAGUGUCAGCAGGUUGAUGUAACAAGAUCACCUUUAGUAAACCUGAUCGUGUACGGGUGAAGCUCAGCGGGGUCACCUCCAGGCCUCAAUCAGGAGCCGUUGGUCCAGGUUGAACACUGAAUUCCUCUGCGGUUGAUUUAUGAAUUUAAUGUUGUCUUUUUUAAAACUUAAAAUCAAACCUGCUCAGAGCACUCUUUUUCUCUGAAAAAGGAACACCAUGCCUCUAAACUGUGGAGUGUGCUGGUGUGGGGGCAGAUGAGAUGUCCUUUAUUUACUAGAAAGAAAGUAAACCUGUUCUUCAAGUCUCUGUUGAUCUAUAACCCUGGUUGUUCAUAAGCCUAGAUUGCUCAGUGGACUCAGUGAGAGCCUGAGACCGAUCUUCUUCCUCACAGUGCUCUCUCUGCUGCAAACAAAACGAGCUUUAUCAGAAGCCCCCCUGUAAACAGGAACCUGCCAUGGCGCUGCGUCCUCGAUCUUCCACUCAGCCUGGAAAACUCUCCUUCUUUCAGAGUCCCAAAGUGGCUUCAGCCCUUCGACCGCGGGCCGUGUCCUCGCACUCCGGCUCCAUGCUGGAAGAGGAGUUGUCCUGUCCUGUCUGCUGUGAGAUUUUCAAGGACCCCGUGGUGCUCAACUGCAGCCACAGCUUCUGCCGGGCUUGUCUGCAGCAGUUCUGGAACAAGAAGAAGGCCAGGCGCGAGUGUCCCAUCUGCAGGAGCAAGUGCCCCCUGACCGAGCCAACAGUCAGCCUGGCACUGAAGAAUGUGGCCGACACCUUCCUCAAGGAGCAGGAGCGCAGGACGGGCGCAGUGGGGACAGGAGCAGGGGAGCAAGCGGAGAUGAUGGAGGAGAAGUGCAUCACACAUGGGGAAGUUCUCAAGCUGUUCUGUGUGGAUGACAUUGAAGUCCUGUGCUGUGUGUGUCACACCUCCAAGAAGCAUCAGGGACACCGAGUGUGUCCUUUGGAAGAGGGAGCUCAGGACCUCAAGGCCGAGAUGAAGACAGAGCUGACCCCCCUGAAGAAACACCUACGUUGCCUCUAUGAAUCCAAGCAGGAGUGUGAUGACACAACUGUACACAUCAAGAAUCAGACUCUGGCCACAGAAAAGCAGAUCAAAGAGGAGUUCGAGCAGCUGCGGGAGUUUCUGCAGCAGGAGGAGGCCGCUCGGCUGGCGGCGCUGAAGAAGGAGGAUGAGGAGAAGAAAGAGCUGGUGAAGAGGAAGUCAGACAGCAUCACCAGCAGCAUACUCACCUUCUCUCACGCUAUCAUCGCCGUUGAGAAUGAAAUUGCUUCCAGUGAUGCUCUCUUCCUUAAGAAUUAUGCCAACACAAAGCAAAGAGCACAGAUCACGCGGAAGGAUCCAGAAAAGGUGUCAGGUGCUCUUAUAAAUGUGGCCAAGCAUGUCAGCUCCCUCAGAUACCAUGUGUGGGAAAAGAUGGUGGAAAUAAUUCAGUACACACCCAUCACCCUGGACCCCAACACCGCCUACUCCUGCUUGUCCCUCUCCUCAGACUUGACCAGUGUGGCCAACAGCGGGUCGCUUAAGAAGCUCCCAGACAAUCCUCAACGUUUCGGCCACUUUGUGUUCGUGCUGGGCUCGGAGGGCUUCACUUCCGGCCGUCACGCCUGGGAGGUUGAGGUGAGUGACAAGGCAGACUGGAUGCUCGGUGUGGUGAAGGAGUCCAUCGACAGGAAAGGCCGUAUCUCCGGCUGUCCCGAGGGCGGAUUCUGGAUGAUAUCACACUAUGAGGGCGAAUACUCGGCCAUGACGAGGCCCAGUACCACACUGCAGCCGAUGGGUGAGCUGACCCGAGUCAGGGUGCAGCUGGACUAUGACUCUGGAGAGGUGGCCUUCUCCAACCCUGUCAGCAUGACGUCCAUCUACACCUUCAGCGACUUCUUCACUGAGAAGAUGUACCCCUUCUUCUGCCCCGGUGCCAACAUCAAUGGGAAUAACCCCAACCCGCUUAAGAUCUGCCCUGCCAAAGUGGCUGUGUGGAACAGUGCCACAUGGUGAUCUGAAACCUCCUUACAGAAGACGUGAUUUCAAAUGUAUCAUAUUAUACCCAAAUACAGAACAUGUCAGUGUUAGUCUCAUGAAAUGAGCACAGUACAGUUUAUGUAUCAACUGAUGAUUUCACUUUAUUUCACUUGGGGGAUUCACUGCAACUUUUGAAGCACACAUGUGUUUGUUUCUUUGGGAGCUACCAGGGCACAGUCUUGCCUUUGUAAUCCAGGAAGGCUCCAUUCUGCUUCUCAGUCAGUGAAGCCAGCACACGGAGCAUCCCCUCCACGCUCUCUUGGGCAUCAAUCUCCCCCUGGUGGUUGGAAAAGCACUGAGUUAACUUGAAGGCACCACACAGUAGUUUCUGGCUUUUCUCAAACCAGAUACAGAUGCUACAGCUGCAUUCAUACAAAAAGUGACAUCAACUAUCCAAAGCUUUUUUAUCUGAAAGUUGACACCUUCAGGGACAAUCUUCACUGAGAUGAAACAUUGUUUAAGUGAAAAAAAGACAUGCUUUAACUUUAACAAUAACUGGAUAUUUGAAAUGCAGCAUUAUUAUUAUUCAGCAAUCGUUGGAACUUGAUAAUCCUGCUUCAUGUGAUGUCUGUAAUAAAUGUGUAACAACUUGAAAAUUAGUUUCUGGCAAAAUAUAGGAACACAUUUCUAGAAUCUUGCCAUAUAAAAUAAGCAUGCAUUGUAAAACGUUAUGUAACCAUGACUACAUCUUAUUGCUUUUCUCUGUGGUUUGAAUGUAUUUAACAGUCAUUACUGCAGUUUGCUCUUUUCAUAGGCUGCCUGAUCGCUGCAUUUGGCACACCAUGUUAGAUGUGAAAUCAUACAACAUGAGGUUUGUAUUAAACUUCUAAACAAAG